AUGCUUGAUUUUAUUUCAGCAGUACCAGCACCCCGUGCGAUCUGCGAGAAUACUGCCUCUCUGAUCAAUACCCCCAACGGAAAUGGAGAAACGUCACUUCACCUUUCCGCCCGAUAUGGCUACGUCAACCUAACAGAACAAAUGGUUGUAAGCGGGGCGAACGUAUCUAUACAAAAUAAAGACGGCGACGCAGCUAUCCAUGUCGCCAUGAAGUAUAAUAAUACACAAACCGUAAUUGUACUUAUGAAGAACAAAGAUUCCUUAACGGCUGUGAACAAGGAGGGGCAAACGGCGCUCUUCAAUGCAGUAGCCAAUAAUAGUUACUAUUGGACCAAAGUACUUGUCGAAAAUGGAGCAGACCCGAAGGUAAAGAGAAAGGAUGGCAUAACUGUUAUUUAUCUCGCCGCCUUCCAAGAAAAUGUCCAAAUAGUAAAAUACCUUAUCGACCAAGGCGUAGACGUUAACGUUCUUACCGACAGAGGAGUCUCUCUCCUCGAGGUCGCUCUAAACUCGAAAAAUCAACAGCUGAUAGAGUUGCUAAUUAAUAGGGGGGCCAAUCCAGACCGUGCUCUCUCAAAUGGACACAACGCGCUCCAUUUAGCCGUUUUACAAAGGAACGUAUCACUCAUCCAAUUGUUGAUCAACAAGGGCGUUGAUGUUAAGGCUAAGGACGCAAAGGGAAAUAACGCUUUGCAAUUGGCCAUCAACGAAGGUUAUCCAGAGAUUGCCAUUCUAUUGCUCAGCGCUAUCGACGCCAAGUGUCACUCGGCGACUCCUUAA